GAGAGCCCUGGUCGCGCGCGGGCGGCCGGCCGGGCGGGCGGCGGGGGCGGCGCUCGGCUGCGCCCCGAUGCGGCGGCGGCCCUGGGGGCUGUGAGCGGGCGCCCGCCGUCGGAGCCCCCGCGCCGCCGCGGGCAGCGCCCCCCGGCUCCGGCAUGCGGGCGGCCGACGCGGGCACCUGGGAGCGCGUCCGCCAGCUCGCGGCGCAGGGCGAGCCGGCGCCUUCCUGCGGGGCGGGGGCCGGGCCGCCGCGCCCCCCGGGGCCCGCAGCCUGCGAGCCGGGCGUGGACGCGCUGGGGCCCGGGGAUCGGCCCCGCGCCGGGGCGCCCUCGGUUCGAGCGGAUGGCGAUCGCGGCCAGCCGGUGCUCCUGCGGGAAGAAGUGUCUCGGCUCCAGGAGGAAGUUCACCUUCUCCGGCAGAUGAAGGAGAUGUUGACGAAGGACCUGGAGGAGUCACAGGGCGGCAAGUCCUCUGAGGUCCUCUCGGCCACCGAGCUCAGGGUCCAGCUGGCCCAGAAGGAGCAGGAGCUAGCCAGAGCCAAAGAAGCCUUGCAGGCCAUGAAAGCCGACCGGAAGCGCCUAAAGGGCGAGAAGACGGACCUGGUGAGCCAGAUGCAGCAGCUGUACGCCACGCUGGAGAGCCGCGAGGAGCAGCUCCGCGACUUCAUCCGCAACUACGAGCAGCACCGCAAGGAGAGCGAGGACGCCGUCAAGGCUCUGGCCAAGGAGAAGGACCUGCUGGAGCGCGAGAAGUGGGAGCUGCGGCGCCAGGCCAAGGAGGCCACGGACCACGCCACGGCGCUGCGCUGCCAGCUGGACCUCAAGGACAACCGCAUGAAGGAGCUGGAGGCCGAGCUGGCCAUGGCCAAGCAGUCCUUAGCCACGCUGACCAAGGACGUCCCCAAGCGGCAUUCACUCGCCAUGCCGGGCGAGACGGUGCUCAAUGGCAACCAGGAGUGGGUGGUGCAGGCGGACCUCCCGCUGACCGCAGCCAUCCGGCAGAGCCAGCAGACUCUCUACCACUCGCACCCCCCCCACCCUGCGGACCGGCAAGCUGUCAGGGUGAGCCCCUGCCACUCCCGGCAGCCCUCCGUCAUCUCCGACGCGUCUGCCGCCGAAGGCGACCGGUCAUCCACGCCAAGCGACAUCAACUCCCCUCGACACCGGACGCACUCCCUCUGCAACGGCGACAGUCCCGGCCCGGUUCAGAAGAACCUGCACAACCCUAUUGUACAGUCACUAGAGGAUCUUGAAGACCAAAAACGGAAAAAGAAGAAAGAGAAGAUGGGAUUCGGCUCCAUCUCGCGCGUCUUCGCCAGAGGGAAGCAGCGGAAGUCCCUCGACCCCGGCCUCUUUGAUGGUACCGCCCCUGAUUAUUACAUAGAGGAGGACGCGGACUGGUGAUACCCGCCUCCCCUCGCCUGCGGCCCGGCGGGCGUGUCUGUGCGUGUGGACGUGCGUGCGAGCGUGCGAGCGAGCCUGGGGUGCGCGUCUGGGCGUGCGUGGCGGUGCGCGUGCGCGCGAGCUCUCGCACACGUGGGUGCUGGGCGCGGCCGGGCGCCGACACGCGGGGCCCCUCCCCCUGCGUCGCCACCUCUGUAAUUGAUGUACAUACUACAAACGUGUGUGAACCUGUCAACCGUUGUCUUGGGAGUGAUGCAGCUGUGUUGUUAAUCUGGGUUUCUGUCUCUGUUUCUUUUCAAUGUUUUUUUUUUUUUUUUCUUUUUGUUUGGUUCGUUGGGUUGUUUUCUUUCCCCCCUUUCCCCACCCCUCCUUCCUUUUUACGAAACUUGAAAACUUGAAGGACUGCUGUGUAUUUGUAAAUAACAAAAUUAUUGUGCACUCCGUGCUUGUACAUGUCCCCUGUCCAAACCGCCACUUCUGGAGCCCGUCUCCCCGAGGAUGUGGUCUGUUUUUGAUGUCCCCCUCCCCUGCCCCCGGUGUGAACGUCUGGGACCAGACCCAGUUCUCGGGGCGCGCCCAAGUCACUUUAACCCCAAAACGCCAUCGUCAUCAGGGUAAGGUCCGCCGUCCGCAGAGACUCGAGAGCCCGGCCAGGGGGCCUCGUCUCGGCUCGGUGUGUCAAAUGGGCUCUUUUUAACGGCCUGCCAGUUUUUUAAUUGUGUUGCCGUUUCUUUCUUUAUGGAAAAAAAGAAAACUGUUCCAUUUAAUUUAUUUGCACAGAUGCAAAAGACUUCUUCUGUCUGAAUUAUUACAUAAAUGUUGGAAUGUAUAUUUUUCCACGGGGCGGGCGGGAUGUCUCUGUUGACUUGUCUGUUCUCUUACCACGCUGCUGCGAAACUGUGCGAGGUAGAGUUAGGGUGGCCGGAACCCAGGGACCAUCGGAUUUCAAAGCUUGCUUUUUUCUGUUCCUUCUUCUGUCUCUCUUCCGCGUUCUUCCGCCCCUGCAUCGAAGUGCGCUCCCCCUUCUUCCCACCCGUAGCUCUCUCCAGGCCUUUCUGUGUGUAUUUAUUUCUCUGAAAUACAGAACACUGACCUCAGUGAGCAGAGCGCCUACUCUAAUGGUCACUUCCUCUUGGGUCUGUCUUUUGAGAGAGGUUAAACACAAGGGAGACGGCCAACCGCAUGACCACAGGGUACGACCGCAGGGACCCUCGGCCCCAGUCGGUUCCAGAGGGUCCUCGAGCCGCAUACGUUCCUCCCUGCAGCUGUGUCUUUCUCGUCCUUGGUCUGUUCUGCACGUUGGCCAGGCAGGUGUCACUGGGGCAGGCGCCCGUCUCAAGGGGAGGGCUGUUGGGGACACAGGAUCCAGCACCAGAGCCUCUGCCCUCCUCAUUCUGGUUGGUUCCUCCAGCCGCACUGAACAGAAUCCCUUGGGAUCCCUCGGGCCCUGUCCUCCAAUUUGUCAGAGCAGCCUAAGCUGGCACACCCCAGGAGAGAAGGGGGGCGGGAACUCUGCCUGUUUGGGGAGCAGUGUUGGCCCCAAUGAGGCUUCACCAGCAAAGGAACCGUGUGCAUUGUAACGCCGGGCGAUGGAGACCACGCAGACCUCCCACGGCCUAAAACUAGCAUUCCCUUUUGACCUGUGAAUCCCCCCUCUGCUCCACCCUAACUACUAACGCUGCUCAGCUCACACGCCCUCUAAACAACAGUAGUUGCGCUUUCUGCUAACAAGUAACAUUUUCAGCUCUUACAAAGACACAAGUAGGUUUUAAAAUGCUGGAACAUCUCUAUCAGAAUGCACAGGAUAUUUUGUCCAAAGUCUCUAAAACAGACAGAAAAGCCCCAUGAGGGUGCCCUUUCCUUCUGCCCUGGUGGGGGGUUGGGAAGGAGAGGCAGGGUGGGUACCUAACAGGGGUCUUCCUGGCCCUCUUUGGCUAAGCUGUUGAGCUGAGCCUGGCGGUCAGGGAGAGCGGCCGGAGGGCAUCUCUCUCUACGGAGGGAGAUUUUGGAAAAUACUUUUCUCCCCUGUGAGUUUUUUUUUCUUUUGGUUGUUUUUUAUUGUUUUCCCUCUACUUACGAGAAAGUCAGAUUGCAACCACUCCUGGUAAUGAUUUAGGAGUUCCUUCUCAUUUCAGUUUUUGUAAAUUAGGAGAUAAUUCUAAGAGUUACUAAGGAUGAUUUAUUUAAGAGAACUACGUCAAAUAGCAAAUGAGUUGUGGGUAACAUUAGGUGAAAAUAACCUUUCCCAUGGGAAAGGUUUCUCGAAGGCAUGGAUGCAAAUAUAAAAUAUAAAAAAAAAAAUCUAAAUAAAGCUUAUUUUAAAAUA